AUGGAUGUUUUUAAUGGCGCUUCGCCAACAGGCCAACAUUCUCCCAACGUGUCGCCUAACUUCGAUGGGGAUGGGAAUCUUGAUAACUCUCCAGCUGAAUUGAUUGCCAAGUGUUCAGAACACUUAUCCAGACCAAUAUUUUCAGAGCGUUGUUCACCAAAUGAACUUGACAAAGACAACCUCAAUUACUGUCCAGAUUCGGGCGUUCCUGAACGAACUGGUUCGUCAACGUCAUGUUCUGACCAGCCACGGAUUCUUCCGAGCUCUUCGAAUGCACAAGUAAAGACACGGCGUCUUCGUUUCUCAAUGGCCUUCAUUUAUCCUGAGCCAGAUGAAAUUAAAAAGAAGCCCUGUAAUGUCACCACUUUAACAGGGGAUGCCCCAAUGUCCUGUUCCCAGGAAUUUAAUGACAAUUUCGGUUGUGUUAAUCUUACACAGAUGUUGGAAAUCGCCUCGUCUUGUGAAGGUCCAAGCAAGGGCAGGGAUUCAAUGGUUUCGGAUUCUAGUGAUGUUAGUCGAGCUAUUCUUGAUGAUUCUCAAGGAGCUUCGUCUGUUGCCGAUUCCUCGAGCAAUGCACCCCAACAAAUGAUAUCAAACUCGCAAAUUACUAAGGAUUCAGGUCCACCUCAAGGCGGCUUUUGUGGGUUUAAAACUGCUUCUGGUGUGGCUUUGGAAACGCCAUCCACCGAAGCGUUAUCUCGGGUUAAACAGCUCUUUGAGGACUGCAUGAGUGACACUCUAGAUUUUAACGCCUCUUCUAAAAUACUGCAACCCUUUUCACAAAGUACACUACAGCCACAGGUAACUGUAGGUGAAGGCGCUUUUCCGAUGAAAGGUAAACCUCCGUUCUCCGCUUCUUCCGAGGCGAUUACGGAGACUAUGCACAAGAUUGAUGAUCAGCCAAAAGAGCCUCAUGUUGAUGAGACACCAAAUGGAAAUGAGGAAAAUUCCCAUAAGUUGGACAGUGUUCUUUUUCAUCAGAAUACAACGUGUCUUAAAUCUCAAUCCAAUUCAACGAGGUCCAUAAAACAGCUGAUUGAAGAGUAUACAGGUGAAAUCAACUCAACCGAUAGCCAAGACGUAGUAAAUAGAAUGUGCAAAUUUAAAAGUGGAUUUACCACCGGUGGAGGAAAGCCACUAGAUUUGGUUUCUGUUGAGUCGAUUCAAAGGGCGAAACGUCUCGUUGACGCGGUAACUAGAGACUUACAGCUGGAUGAAAGCGAAACUCACGCAGAAUCGUCAAAUCGCUUGACGAAUAGCCCCAAAUCUGGUGGAUGCGACUCCACCAUCGAGGCUUCAAGCUUGUCAGCGAAUCCUGGAGCACCUACCAAUGAUUUUAGUGACAUAUCUACAUCUAGACCGGCCUUGACCCUAGAUUUUAUUGAAAAGAAGGAUUCAGCUCCUGAUAGCUCGAAGUCUUGUCCUGACAAACUGUUAGUAACGCCUUCUACGGGUGAUCGCUGUGGUUCUACAUCAGGCAAUAGUGCAAUCCGACUUGGUUUUGUGUCUGGCCACGGCAAGCCAUUAGCACCAGGUUCCACCGAGUCUGUCGAACGCGCCAGACGUCCGGUUGAGGAGUGUUUUAAAGAACCCGAAUCUGGCAACAGUGAGGCUUGUGCGGGUUUGAAUGAUCAACUGACGCCAGCACCAAUCACCACCGGGCCACCGAGCAUGUUCACCUCGGGCGCAGGGAAACCUCUCAACCCGGUGUCUGAUGAAGCGUUGAAGCGCGCCAAACGCCUAAUUACCGAGUGCGAGUCUGAGCCUGAGAUGCCGUUAAAAGUCGCAAAACUGGAGCCACAGGUGUGCCGAGUGGAGCACUCGCCAGAGUUCGGAUCGCCGAUCGUGUAUGACCUGAGUGAGGCCUCGCCGACGCUGAACUUUGACGACUCUUUCGAGAUUCCCUCCCAGAUCGCGAAUUGCGCCGACCUAGCCUACCCCCGGUCACAGGGACUUGAAGGCGAACGUGUUGCGAUGCGUGCAGAGCAGGAACGCAAAGCUGAGGCCUGCUUCAAGUCCACCGCCAGCACCUCGUGCCAGACGUCUUCGAGCCCCCAGCCCACACCCCACCGACUCCUUCCCGACGGCAAACCGCGCAAGGUCGAUCGACAGCCCAGGAUGCCGGGACUUUUAUGGCGUCUUCGUCGCGCUAGUGGAGUUCGUCCUAAACCAGACAGCCUCACCUACUGCGGCCACCCGCCGAGUCGCACGGAUUUAAAAUUUGCCGGCGAUUUUCUGAGUCUGGGUGACGCCACUGUGCUUUCGCUCAAAUCAGCGGUCGGUUUACGCUUCAAGUUGGACUCGGAGAGCGUGAGUGUCAGCUACCUACUCGGUGAUGAUGUCGAUGUCAUUCCCGACUCCCAGGGCUAUGCAGGUUGCGCUGAAAUCGCUCGAGCCUUCGUGUGCUCCCCCGGGGUGACACGUGGUCUGGCCUCGCGCCAGUGGAUAAUCCACCAUUACGCGCAACUCGCCUGGCGUCUGAGCAGUGUGACUUUGCUGCACUACGAAGACAUCCUGCAAAACGUGUUCCCCCGUAUCGCCCUGCCUAAUGCCUCCGUUCACCGAAGUGACGGGGCUAUUCUCUUGCAUGUUUUGCUGCUCGAAUUAAAGUACCGCUAUGACCGGGAGUUGGAGGCUGCAGAGCGGCCCGCCAUUCGCAAAAUCCUUGAACGUGAUGACACCCCGGCAAAGCGAAUUGUACUAUGCGUCAGCCAUUUGGAGGCCCUACCGAGUCAACAAUAUCGAGGUCGUUUAACAGACGGCUGGUAUCACGUGGACUGGGUUCCUGAUCGCCUUCUCACAGGUCUGAUUCAAAGCGGCAGAAUCAGAGUUGGAACGAAGUUGGUGACAGCCGGCGCCGAGCUGGUUCAGGCACCGUCUGGCUUCGGCGGAGACGUCGCCGCUGCGACCACGUCGGACGCUGAUGCCCACCUCUUCGGUGAAUCGUCAAGUGGAUUGGCCCUUCGUCUCCACGGUAAUUCCACACGACCGGCUCCUCCCAACGCCAGACUGGGCUAUGCCAGCCACCCGCCAAUGGCGCACCUUCCUCCUCUUCCUCUCUCCUCCCUGUCGACUGACGGCGGUUUCAUAUCGUGCGUGUGUGUCCUCAUUCAGCGGCGAUUCCAACUGCAGUACAUGGAGACCUGUUCUCCUGACGGCGGCAGCCGCCAAACCCGCGUCUUCCGCGACCCGCGGUCGGAGCGCGCAGCCGAACGACUCCACGCCAACAACUGCCAAGUGGCCUUCGAUCGGGCCGUGAGUGAUUUCACCUCGCCUCAGGGCAAACGCCUUCGCCGCAGCCAGCCUACCACGGCGUUUCUUGCCUCGCUCGGUGUGGACGGCGAGGCCCUGUGGAACGCCGUCACCACCUCGCCCGACCCCGAUCUCGCUGAGAGCGGUCUCUCCGCUCUCCAACGCGACGCCAUGCUCCGCUACAAGGAGACUGCGCUGCAGGACAUGGUGGUGCAGGCCGUCUCCAAGCGCGACGUCACACCGUUGAUGCGUCUCCACGUGGCCGGGAUUCACUCGAGGGACGUUGACAGGAAACAAGAAAUGCUGCUCACGAUUUGGAAUCCAACUGAUCAGAUGCAGGACGCCUUGCAGGAGGGCUGUGUCGUCCAACUCACUCGACUACAGGUGUCGUGCACACGCGCGAACGAUCCGUUCGCAUAUGCCAUGGCUCGUGGCACUGGCGGUGGACAGCUUUUGUGUCUUUCCUGUGGUCGAAGCACCUCACUUCGACCGCUAAAACCCACGGAAGUCAUUAAACUUUACCAACGUGGCCGGCCAACUGGCUCGAUGCGGGUUCAGGAGGUCAUCAAGAGGGUCUACCAGCCCCGUGUCUUCCUCUCAAUUGGUCGCCUCAAGGAGCUCGCUGUCGGGCCGUCUGGCCUCCCUGUACCAGCUUACCUUGUCCUGAUUUCCUUCCAAGAUCGUCCCAAGGCGGUCGACUUCACGGCUCUCGUUGUCGGUUCGAAGACGACGUCCUCGUCAACCACCGACUCCAAAUCAGACCUCGGUGUCGUCUACCUGGCCAGUUUACGAGGCAGCGACGGUGCCGAAGACUUCACCACGCUGGGAGUUCUGCGAAUCUGGGGUGGUCUCGAGCGUUACUGUCUGAGUUCCGUGUUGGCCGAGGGCAACAGGGUCCGCUUCACCGACGUACAGCUGCGCGGCGGGUGUGGAAGGUUCCAGCUGGACCGCGACUUCCCGCCUGAGGGUAGUUCCGAGGUGAACAUCGUCUCUCUGACGUACUCCGCCGCGAGCUACGUCACCUUCGAGGGCAUGCCACGUGAUCCAACGACAAGACGCUUCCAAACCCCCUGGCAAGAGACGCCACAGUUCCGCGUUUUCAUGCAGACGUGCAUGGAGUCGCACUUUGAACAGUUCUUCUCCGGCAAACCCCCCUCACUCCUGGCGACUCCCAGCGUCCACCAGCAGCAGACCAGCGUCGAAACCCCGCCACCACCACCACCACCGCCAGCAAGCCACCAGUCAACCCCCUUGCGUCGUUCGGCCACCACGUCGGGUGGGCGUUCGAUUUCGUCCCUGCUCAGAGGCGGAACCGGUCUCUUCUCGCCGUCUGCCCAGCUCCAGACCACCACGCCAAUCUCCGCACCUCCAUCCGCCACCGCCGCCGCCGCCUCCACGUCGUCGUCGCGAACUCGGCCGCGGACCGGACUCUCUCGUCCGAGGCGGUCCGCCCCUCUAGUUGAGACGACGACGACCUCCUUAACUCCGAAAACACCUAUCAAACGCCCCAAGUCCCCAAGUCUGGCCCAGUCUCCGGUUGCGACGACGCGUCCGCGGUCUAAACCGGCCAGUCCCAGGACGCCCCUUCCACAGCCACGUGCCAAGAGGCCUCACUGUUCGAGGCCCAAGACGCCGCUGUCAAAAGCGGGCGGGUGUAGGUUGUCGCAGCAGCUCCACAUCAAGUCGCCGCUUCCACCAUCCCGACGCGCCAGAUCUCAGCCGACAACUCCCAAGACCCCAACCACACGCGCUCCGUGCGUCGGUUCUCCGUCCACGCCGAAACCGAAGAGACCGUCUGCUGUGGCCAAAGCCAAACCCCUUGUUAUCCCAGAAACCCAGCUGGACGAGACGUCUCCGGGCGCGUCGCAGGUCUGCGCGGAGGUGGAGGCGUCUUCUCCGUUGAAUGUGAGCAUCGCGGACCUGGUGAAGACGCGACAGCGACGACGCACCACCACUGUCUCUCUGCCGUACUUAACGAGCCGCUCGCUUGAACUAAAACCCCAUUCAAAGCCGGCGGGCGAAAAGUGUUGA